GUUAUGUUACUUUUAAUGUUUUUAUUUCAUUCUCCUAUAGUAAUUUAGGAGAUCCCAAAGACAUAUAUAGUUCAUUUUAUUACAGUAUUACUUUUAAUUAGUUCAUUCAUUUUCUGAACCGCUUAUCUAAUUAGUUUAAUUCAAUAAAAGAAACAAUGUCCUGUGCUGGAUUUCAAAUUUUGUCCAGGCUCGUACCUAUGUACAAAUCAGCUCCAGGACAUAACCUACAAGGAUACAUGUUCAUAAAAUUUAGUUCCAGUAGAGUGGAAAUUAAAACAUUUUCAACAGCCUGCGUGAAAUGUUGCAGUGAUAGCAACAGCUCCAAAACUUCUGAAAAACCGCUGAACACCAAGCUUAUAGCUAAACAGUCUCUGCUGUCUAGGAGAAGAUCCUUGUCUCCCCUCGAGAGGAUCAGUAACCUGCUUCCUCAAGAAUCAUUGAGCCCUGAGGUGAUCGAGCUGAGAGAAUAUAAUCAGCCAAAUGAAGAAGACACAUGUAUGCAAGAAGAGCAAAGCUCCUCUGAUCUCUUGGCCAUUUUGUCCAAACAACAGCAAAAUCCUGAUAUAGACGCGAAAGAUGGCAUAUUUUUGACAGAAUCUAAUUCAGGCACGUGCAAAGAUGUGACUAGACAGUCUUACGCAUCACAGUGCAAUGGAACACAAUUGAUGUCACCCACUCUCUCACAAAAGACCUCACUUGUGUACGGGGAGCUGUUAGUGGCCGAGUAUCAUAGAAAAGGGAAUGUGGAGUUCAGGAAGAUGUUCCAACUUCAACCUGGAACACGUCUGCAGAGCAGCUGGGGGAUUAUACUGCAUGAAGAUGUAGCUGGUCAGCCUGCAGGUCAUUUCCAGAGGACAAACAGAGGGGUACCCAUCUUCAUACGACGUGCCAGUUUGGAGGAUUAUGUGGUUUAUAUGAAGAGAGGCCCUGCUAUCUUGUAUCCAAAGGAUGCCAGCAUUAUGCUGAUGAUGAUGGAUGUCACAGAUGGAGACUAUGUGCUGGAGUCAGGAUCUGGGUCUGGGGCCAUGUCUCUGUUUUUGUCUCGAGCAGUGGGCUCUAGGGGCAGCGUGCUAAGUAUUGACAUCAGAGAGGCUCACCUCAGAAGAGCCAUACUAAAUUACCAGCGGUGGAGGACCUCAUGGAGAGCAUGGAAAGGGGAGGAGUGGCCUGACAACGUCGAGUUUCAUAAUGCUGACCUUUGUACGGCUUCAUCUCUUCUCACCUGUCGGGUAUUCAGUGCGGUUGCUCUUGAUCUGAUAAACCCACACCUUGUUUUGCCCACUGUGAUUCCACAUCUGCACCCCGGAGCUGUAUGUGCCAUCUACCUUGCCAAUAUAACACAGGUGACUGAUCUGUUAGAAGGACUUCGAUGCUCAGCACUCCCUUUGCUGUGCGAACGCAUCAUCGAGGUUCCACUCCGAGACUGGCUUGUUGGUCCCGCCCUUCUUAAAGAUGGGCGAUAUUGUUCGAGGAAAGCUCUGAUAGUCAAUGAAACCCAGAGAGAACAGGAGAACACUGCACAUGGCACAGAACAAGAGGAACAUCCAGUCUUUGGGAGUGUUCCAUACAUUGCCAGGCCUCAUCCACAACAAUUGAGCCAUACAGCAUUCCUGGUCAAGCUGAGGAAGUUUGUGAGAUAGCCGCUAAGCCUGACGAAGAAUAUAUUGUAUGUUCCUGUGUAAAUAUGGAAUGUAGUGCCAUCUGUGAAAUAAAGAACAAAGACCGUCACCAAUCACUACUAUUUUUGGUUC